AUGGCCACAGAACGGGUCACCUCGAUUUUGAAGCACCUGUCGCCGGGUUCUCCCCUGGCUACGAUCACAUCGAAGAACCCGGACGAUAUAGUCAUCACUCUCGCGAUCCGGACGCCUCUCUGCAAGGGGAAGAAGGGCGGUUUUAAGGAUACUAGCGUCGAGUAUCUUAUGUAUGCCAUCCUCAAGGCUGCUCGCGAACGAUUGGGCUUCUCCCCGGGCCUCGUCGAGGACAUCUGCAUGGGCAAUGUGUCGGACGGCAAAGCAGCGUACAAGGCACGUGCUGCCGCCCUGUCCGCCGGAUUUCCCAACACGACGGGCGUCUCCUCCCUGAACCGCUUUUGCUCUUCCGGCCUCAAGGCUACGGCCGAUAUCGCGCACCAGAUCAUCGCCGGCUCCAUCGAGAUAGGUAUUGCUGCCGGCACCGAGUCGAUGAGCAUCGGGGGCGACAGCCUGGAGCAGCCCUUCGACGAGGAAGUCACCAAGCACAGCCAAGAAGCCGUUGAUUGUAUGAUGGCCAUGGGCUGGACAAGUGAGAAUGUAGCCAGGGACUUCGGGCUCUCGCGCGAAGCUGUCGACGAGUUCGCAGCCGAGAGCUUCAGGCGAGCCGAGGCGGCGCAGAAGGCCGGUUGGUUCGACGAUGAGAUCGUGCCCAUAACCACCAAGGUCAAAGGCGCGGACGGCGAGACCAGGACCGUCACCUUGACCAAGGACGAAGGUAUCCGCCCGGGAACCACGGCGGCUGCGCUCGGCAAGAUCCGUUCCGCCUUCCCCGAUUGGGGCCCGAUCACCACCGGCGGGAACGCCAGCCAGGUGACCGACGGCGCCGCUGCGGUCGUGCUCAUGAAGCGUUCCAAGGCAAUUCAACUCGGCUUGCCGAUCCUUGCCAAGUACGUCGGUUCAACAGUUGCCGGUCUGCCUCCUAGGAUCAUGGGUAUCGGCCCUACCGUGGCGAUUCCCAAGCUGCUCAAGCAGCACAAUAUCACUCUGGACGACGUCGAUGUCGUGGAGAUCAACGAGGCCUUCGGCACCAUGGCCGUCUACUGCAGAGAUUUCCUGAAGCUAGACUGGGCCAAGCUGAACCCGCGAGGCGGUGCCAUCGCUCUCGGACAUCCCCUGGGUACGACAGGCGCCCGGCAGAUUGUAACGGGCUUGAGCGAAUUAAGGCGCACGAAGAAAAAGAUCUUGUUAACGAGCAUGUGCAUCGGCACGGGAAUGGGUAUGGCCGGUCUAUUUGUGAAUGAGCAAUGA